AUGUACUCUCCGGCCCUAAAAAACGUCUCGUCAGAGAUAAAGCCCUCUUCCACAUUGGAUGCCAUUCUGGGAGCGUUCAACUUGAAGAGCUUAUUGAUACAGCCUCAGCCUGAGCACCGCAGCGCUGAGGAGAAAACAUUCAAAUCCUCGAAGUUCAUUGUUCAUAUCAUGCUGGACACUUGUAUUGCUACUAUGCGCCCUUCUAGCCCAACCAGCUCUGCAACUUUCGUCGAACAUUCCUCUCCUGCUUAUAGAGCAGGUCUUAAGGCUCAGCAUAGGUCUCGGUCUCUACGCAGGUCUUGGUCUCCCCAGGGGAACUACUCCUUACACUCUCCCCGGGCGAACUACUCCUUACGAUCUCCCAAGGGGAGCUGCUCCUCAUUUAACUCUGCUUUGUUUGACUCUGAGUCAGAGGGAUAUGAUAUCCCUAUUGCAAGUUUUGUGUCCCUUGCUCCAGAGAUUCUGGGCGACACAGACAUACCGCCUGAGGACCUCAAAGUGGCUGUUGCCGCUCAGUAUGCUACUUGCGAGAAGCUUCGCCACCUUAUCAUGACCAGGAUUUGGCAGGUAGAAGAGGCGAGCAGGUGGACUAAUUUCUUGAAUCAAUCCAUCAACAAGUUGAAGAAAGAACAUGAAGCCGCAGAAGAUGGGCUUCGACUCUGGAUUGAAAACACGCAGAAAGAGUGCACAGAGGUUUCUGAACCAUCCUCCAGCGUUACUACGAACCUCUUCAAAGCAAAGGAGUCCCUCAAGUUUGUGCAAGACUUGAUCAUGGCUAACAACGGUGGUGAAGACUCCAAAAGCGGUCGGGACUAG